GUUUACUUAUCAGCUUCAUCCCCACCAGCGGCAAUGCAACUGGGAGUAGUUGUCGUUCGACUGGCGCGCAGGCGGCACACAAAGCCACUUACGCCGGAAAAAGUCACGGAUUUUCGGAGACUUGAUGACACAUUUGCUGGAAAUAUAAGACACAUUUUAAUACCUUACCAAGCAAUCCCAAGCGAAAGCACAAUGUUUGAGGAGACCAAUAGCCCCACCACCGACAAUUCGCUGUGGACACUGCAGGGUCGCCAAAGACCGAGUCCUGCCCAAAGAUUGCACAACCUCACCUCCUCGUCCUCCGGCUCAUCGACCUCAUCCUCCGGCCUUCCGCUGCCGCAGAAUAUCUUCACGAACCCAGCUAUCCAGCCGUCCAGCGUUAUAAACCUGAACCACUCCACCGACGUGGUUAUCGGCCCCAUGACCCAAUACCAGGGACCGGUAUCCAUAUACUAUAUGGACUAUAUGGAAGCGCACGCCAUGCAAACGGCCGCAGGAAUCAACAGCAACAACGCGAAUGGCAAUGGCAGCGCCAAUCGAAGUCGCGAUAAGUCGCCAUCCAGACGGGCCACCCGGAACACCAUCCUGCUGAUCACGCUGAUCCUGUUGGUCCUGGCCACCGGACUGGUUGUGCUCUACGUGGAACUCAAUCGACCCAAGCCCGAGCUGCCCAGCAACAAGGCCAUCUACUUUGGCAACAACUACGACCACCACACGUUUCCGAAUCUAGGAAACGGCCACCUCGUCGUCGACAGAACGCAGUGGGGAGCAGCCGAGACCACUAAUGGUCUGACCAUUCCCCUGAAGCAACCCAUUCCCUACGUCCUCAUCACCCACAUUGGAGUUCAGUCUCAGCCCUGCGAGAACAUCUACAAGUGCUCCAUCAAGAUGCGCACCAUUCAGGAUUCAGCCAUUGCUGAGAAGGGUCUGCCCGACAUCCAAUCCAAUUUUUAUGUUUCGCAGGAGGGCAACAUCUACGUAGGCCGCGGCUGGGACUGGGCCAAUACGUAUGCGAACCAGACAUUGGCCAUUACCUUUAUGGGCGACUAUGGUCGCUAUAAGCCCAGUCACAAGCAGCUGGAAGGUGUCCAAUUCCUGCUGGCCCAUGCAGUGGCCAACAGGAAUGUUGAAGUGGACUACAAGCUAGUGGCGCAAAACCAGACCAAGACGACCAGGAGCCCGGGCGCAUAUGUGUAUCAAGAAAUCCGGAACUGGCCGCACUUCUACGGCUGCGGAAUGGACGGGGCAACGGCGUGUGGCAUCGAGCUGGGAAUGAGAACGGAAUCGUGGGAUGCCAAGCAGUAGCUACAGACUUUUCUACCACCUAAGUGAAUCCAAAACACAAGCUGUAUUUAAUACAUAUACCAAGGCGUACGGAGCUUCCAUUUAAUCGGUUAUGCUGGAUUGAAAAACAGAGUAAACCGGUCGGCAGCAAGCGAAUCUGUGUCUCUCACUCUCUGGAGCCGUUUGUUUAACUGUCGCUCAAAAAGCUGGAAAUUCCCAAGCCGCAGUCAACCUCUAUCAGCUCCAAUACCAGUACCCCUUUUAUUCCCCCAUAGACGGGCUUAAACACUCAUGGGUUGUGUGUGCGUGUGUGUUUAAAUAUAUGACAGCCUUUGUGCGCCAGUACAACAUCAUUAUCGGUAGCUUCACUUCACUUCACUUAUAUAGACGAUGUUGUGAUCGCUGUGGCUGCCUUUGUCAUUUAUCUGCCUGGCGACUCAAUGAAUAUACAAUAUAAUAAUCAUGCUGUUAUUUUUAUCAUCUGGAGUGAUUACUAUCUCCUUUACAGGAGUACUGCUAAUUGCUCAGAAAUAUUUAAAAAUAAAAUGGGUAUUUCCCAAUGGCGGCCGUACACGUUAAUACCUGCUAUCACCACCGACCUUCAGUUCAAAGACCUAAA